AUGAACAUUACAUUUAAACAAGUAGAUACGUGUCAUAAAUCUGAUGUGCUGAAGCUGAGUAAUAAACUUAAAUUUACUGAAAGUGAAGAUGAUAAAACUAAAAUAAAAGACGAAAUAAAUAUUCAUCACAGUGCUGCAGACAAUGCAUAUGUUAUGAAGAGUAACGACACAGAAAAAGCAAAAUGUGAUAGUACUGUUAGAUGCCUCACUUUUGAUUUAAAGCAGUGUCUUUCAACUUCAUACGUAAAUUAUUCUGUUGUUUUUACAAAAACCAGUAAAGGGCAUAUAACCUAA